AUGGAAAAGCGACAAAAUCAAUUUUCCCGAAAAGCACCCCGUCGCCUUGGAUUUUCUGAAGGUUUAGGAGAAAAAUAACGAAAAAAUUGAAGAGAAACAGAUAAUAAAUGUGAGAAAAGGAGAAAUCAAUGUUUUGCACUGGAGAGCAACGAUUCUUCUUAUCAAGACGAGUCAUCUGAUAAGACCUAUAGUUUGCUCUGCUCUUUAUAUUAUUAUCGAUUUAUUUUUGCAUUAAUAAUAACAUCAAAGAAGUCACCAGUCAGCUGAAAGACCCGAAACUGCGAGCUCACAUCUUCGAAGCGUCGAUAAUCCCUGCCAUCUCCUACGGUACCGAAGUUUGGCCUGACACGAAGAAAAAUGCAACCGCCCUACGAACUUCCUACCGCGCACUGGAACGUGCUCUCAUCGGUACCACUCGCUUCGAGCAGUGGAAAAAAGAACAGAGGAGCACAGACUUCCGUCUACUAUCCCAAAUCCGGGAUCUAGAAGAGCACAUACAACGCGGGAAACAUCGUUGGGGCGGCCACGUCAUCCGCAGACAAGACGACCGCUGGUCCACGAGAUUAACACACUGGAUUCCGAGAAACAUCAAGCGCCCACUCGAGCGCCCACCGACCAGAUGGACGGACUACUUCCGCAAGAACAUCAGUCAGCCAGGCCGCCACUGGAUGACCGUCGCGCAAGACCGAGCCGCCUGGAGAACGUGUGGUCCACGCUGA